GCGGGCUCAGCACAAAGAAAGCGCAGGAGUCAGAAGAGCCUCGGGCAGCAGCAGCUUCAGAAGCUUCGGAGGAGAAAGACGAGAGGAACGACAGAGAGAGAGAGAGAGAGAGAGCUCGAAGACGGUAGUGGUUGGUAAAAGCCUCAGGACGAAGUGACAUCGCAGUGCAUUUUCUUAUAUCUUGGGGGCUUAGGGGAGCAAUUUGGUGCGUUCAAACUCCACGGAUCGACCGACUCACGUCACUCUUCUUCUUCUGCCUCACUGAACUAUUCAUGCUCGAAUAUUUCUUGUUGGUGCUACUCCUCGUGUUUGUGUUCCGUUUCUUCGCGGCCGCUCUUCGUCAACAGGGUCCUGCUCCUGCCAUGGGUGACCAGGGUAACGUGAUCGCCAUCCACUCCACCGCUGAGUGGAAUGCGAAAUUGGAGGAGGCUGGGAACAAAACCAUUGUGGUCGACUUCACUGCCACAUGGUGUGGUCCCUGCAGGCAUAUGGCCCCCGUUUUCGUGGAGCUUUCUAAGAAGUACCCAUCCCUCGUGUUCCUGAAGGUCGAUGUCGAUCAAGUUACGGAAGUAGCGGGUCUCUGGGACGUUCAAGCCAUGCCUACCUUCAUCUUCAUCAAAAAUAAGAAGCUAGUCCACAAGAUCGUUGGUGCCAACAAAGACGAGCUGGAGAAGAAGUCUCUGGCUUUCUCCAGCCAGCCAUCAUAAACGACUUCUCGUAUUUCAUCUCAGGCUUCUAUCCCGAUCGCUCUGAAGAACCGCAUCAUGUAUCCCAAGAGACUAGCGAUCACUCGUUUGGAUAGAGACCUUGGGUUUGUUCUUGCUUGAAGAGAUUUGGUUAAUCACAAGAUACGUGUACGAGAACGGAGUAGCAAACUUGUAAAAUUGGUGUAGUAUAUUUCUUCCUGGUGGUUCAAGACAUUCCUGACCUGAAUCUUUAGAUGGAGGAAGCAUUUUGACAUGUAAAGGACUGGUCGCCAGUACUGAAAGAUCGUAUGUGAAGUUUUCGCUACUUUCUGAUUUCACAUAAGGAAGGACCGCAAUUCACCAGCCAUUAUUUCUGUUGGAUUUCGGCUGUAAUCUGCCUUUUCCGAGUGGCCUCUGGGCUUGGGAAACGCUUGAUUACUGUGUUAUCUGUUUGCUUCAACAUUACCUCUCUGCUCAUGUUUAAGGACAGGGAGCAACGCAGUGGACCGAUUAUUCAUAUUAAGGUCUAGUGCAGUUGAUCACUACCGGUAGCCGACUCUUGUGUGUUAAUUUCAAAGGCUUUCGAGAUCCAAGUAUUGUGAUG